AUGGCUGAAAUUAGAAGAAAACUCGUGAUUGUGGGCGAUGGUGCGUGUGGCAAAACCUGUCUUUUAAUCGUGUUUUCAAGAGGAACAUUCCCAGAGCUAUAUGUUCCUACUGUUUUUGAGAAUUAUGUUGCAGAUGUAGAAGUUGAUGGAAAAAAUGUUGAAUUAGCCCUUUGGGAUACAGCAGGUCAAGAAGAUUAUGAUCGUCUUCGUCCUCUUUCUUAUCCUGAUUCUCAUGUUAUUUUGAUUUGUUUCUCUAUUGAUUCACCUGAUUCAUUGGAUAACGUUCAAGAAAAGUGGAUUUCCGAAGUACUUCACUUUUGUCAAGGUCUACCUAUUUUACUUGUUGCCUGUAAAAAAGAUUUAAGAAACGACCCUGCAAAAAUUGAGGAACUCAGAAGAACAUCUCAAAGACCUGUAACUACUGAAGAGGGUUUGGGUGUAGCACAAAAAAUUGGCGCUUAUAAGUAUCUUGAAUGUUCUGCAAAGACUGGAGAAGGUGUACGUGAAGUGUUUGAAAAUGCUACCCGUGCUGCUUUAAUGAUGAAUAAACCUUCUGGUAAGAGUAAGAAGAAGAAGUGUAUUAUUUUGUAA